GCUCGAGGGAUGAUUGGAGAGAUAUAGUGUAGAUGAAGCCCAUCGCGAUCAUCUUCCUCCCCCCGGAUGAGUCGUUCGCGGAGUCACGACAUCGAUAGACAGAGGAGAUGGAUGGGGAGAUGAUGUACGAUAUAGCGAAAAGGCGGUCUGGAUGCGCAGUCGGUCGUUGUAAGGUGCCUGUGCUUGCGGCUCCUUGUCCUGCUGCAUCCUCAUCACGCCAAUCCAAUCCAAUCCAAUCCAAUCCACCAACAGUGAUAGAGAUCAUAAUCCAGGGCACAACUGGAUAACAACACAAGUCACCAGGGAUACAUAGCCGAAAUCUCGUACGCGUAAUGGAAAAACCCACCUGUGGUCAUCGUCGUCGUCGUUUGUCGUCGUCGAAAUAUGUGCCCCUCCCGCAUCACACACAUCUCCCCGGCCCAUCCGCGAACCCGCCCGUCCGCCCGGCGAUGUACGGCAUGUGCGAUCUCAUUAUACAUACCUGCAGCGGCGGCGGCGUCCUCCGCGACGCUCCUCCUCAACGUUUCUCCAGAGAGGCGCAACCUCUCACGCCCAGGCCAGCAGACAUCCCUGCGGGCUGGUUUCUGGGUGGUGUUGAUGGUAGACAACCACUGUGAGGGCGACGAUGGAGUCGAGAGGGUGGAUGUAUGCCGCGACCGUUCCAGCCUGGAUGGAUGCGGGACAGACACCCACCCUUCUGCGGAUUCUUAUGCGCAGACAGAAAAUGAAAACUGCGCAUGUCAUUAUACGUACGCAGACAUGCCAAAGUCUGUUCGCUGUCAUCGAGCCUGUCGCAUUGCCUCUCAUGUCACGUCAUGUCAUGAUCCGACCGGGCCGGGAUCUGACGCGGACACGUCGCCAUGCAGCGCGCUCUCGCCUACUUUCCAUCUCCCGUUCCUCGCUCGGCUCGGGGAGCAGGACAAGCGAGAGAGCGCAGCUGACGCCACGAUACAGAGAUCAUAUCGGUACGCCCCGGCCGGCGAUGAUCGUGGCGACGAGGAAGAUGACUCUGUCGAGCUCUGAGAGAGAGGACGGCACUAAUUCAGGUCAGAUGCUGUGUGUCAGUUCGGGACCCGGGAGAGACAUGUGGAGGCGCAUUCUUUCCGUUUUUUUGGUCCACAUACGGGCCGCAGUGUCAGAGAGACAUGCGAAGGGUGUGGUGGUAGGUGUGCACCGGUUGUUCUAGAUAUGGUCGGAGGACCUGACCUUUUUGUUUUUCUCCCUUCCUUUCUUUUACGAGACACGAGACGCAGACAUUCCAGGGAGAUCGGAUCGCAUGACGAUGACGGUGGAGAGACAUGUCAUCGGGCUUGGCUGGGUAUGUUUCUCACCCUGAGUGGCUUUUCCGUUUGAAUACUGCAGGUGCGGAGUGGUGAAGGGGCGAAGAU